AUGGACCGACAUCUCGCUCAACUCGCGUCUAGCACUGGCCGCCGUCGGUCACUUUCUGACCCUCUCGCGGUGGCACUCCAGCCCCCACCGAACGAGUCUCCCGAACAACGCCAGAUCAGGGUGCAGGCAGAAGAGGAUGCAAAGAGACGCAGCGACCGCAUUGACCGCAUGCUCAAGGAUUCACAAAAAGAACAGCAGAGGAAGAAGAUCGUCAAGAUUCUCCUGCUCGGACAAAGUGAAAGCGGGAAGAGCACCACUCUCAAGCGUGAGUCAUUUGACGUCGACGACCUCGAGUCGACUGAAACGCCAUUCAUCAUUAUCAGCGGACGGCCCUCCUCAGCUGUCGCAGGCUCGGUUCCCGGCUACGAUAGCUAUCGCAAACGGCUAGCUCCUCUCCUCGAUGUGGAGCAACGCCUCAUACAGCUUCUCUCGGACCCCGAGGACAACGACGCACGAGAAGCCACUCACCUCCCUCGAGGUCAGUCGUCCCAGGGAUCCUCCUACGCGUCCGCCGGAUUUUCCCCAUCCUCACCGCCGACCUCGCCGCCCCUCAGUGCCAGCCUCAGUGCCAGCCUGCCCUCGCGCCCCGCCCCACGCAUCACCAUCCCGCAGGGAUCACACUCCUCACAGCCGUCACCCGUUGCCCUCUCUCCUGGGCACGAGGUCGCCAUCCCCCCUCGGUCGAACUGGAAGAAGGCCCUAGGCGUCGUCAGCAGGAACCAGUCGCCGAAGAGCGCACACACGGGCGAGAUUCACGGUUGGUGGGAGGACCCGCACGACCCUGUGCACGUCAUGAACCGCUGUGCGCCGACGAUGACGGAGCUUUGGCGAGACCCGAAGGUGCGGCAGCGCCUCGCGGAAAGGCGGCUUAGGCUGGAGGAAAGCAGUGGCUUCUACUUGAAUGAGAUUGACCGUGUGACGGCCAAGAUGUUCUUCCCGACAGAUGCGGACGUCCUAAAGGCAAGACUGAAGACCACCGGCGUGAUCGAGCAUUCCUUCACCCUCCCCAAGAACAGUGAGUUCCGGGGUGGCGUUGAGUGGAAGAUCUAUGAUGUGGGAGGCGCGCGGCCGCAAAGGCAGGCGUGGGCUCCGUAUUUCGAUGACGUGAAUGCGAUAAUUUUUCUGGCUCCUAUCAGUUCGUUUGACCAAGUGCUGGCUGAGGAUACCAGGGUGAAUCGCCUAGAUGAUUCCCUUCAGCUAUGGCAGACGGUCGUCUCCAACCCCCUCCUUAAGAAAGUCAACAUCAUUCUUUUCCUCAAUAAAUGCGACCUGCUGAAGCGGAAGCUAGAGAGCGGCGUGCGAUUAAAGCAUUACAUGACUUCCUAUAGGGACCGGCCCAACGACUAUGACACGGUCUCAAAUUAUUUCAGACUCAAAUUUGGGGCGAUGCACCAUUCAUACACACCAAAUAAAGCGAGGGAGUGUUUUAUCCACUUUACAUCAGUGACAGAUACCAGGAACACCCAGACGAUCAUUAGCAACGUGCGAGAUAUCAUACUCACAGGGAAUUUGAGGUCGUCGUCUUUGAUGUGA